CCUUAGGAACAAACAUGGUUUCAAAAACAGUGUCUGCGGUGUAUCACAUCACCACUUUUAUGUGGUAUCUUUUUCUCAUUUAUUUGCUUCUUAGCACUCAGUCCGACCACCCGCUUACAGGAGUGUUCUUAUACGCUGGUCAGUGGAAGUAUCUCACAUUCCUAAAUUUAUUUCUGCAGACUGUUCUCAAUGGGCUGUGUAUCUUGGCAGAUAUACUGGGACCUGUCAUAUGGAUUCUGUCACUGAGAGAUCUCUUUUUCUCAGUCCUGGCUUUCCCUGUUGGGACUUUCGUUGUCACAUCCUUUUGGCUUUUGUUCACGUAUGACAGAGCUUUGGUAUACCCUGAAGACCUUGAUGAAUUCAUUCCUUUAUGGCUGAACCAUGCUGUGCACACUGUGGUAUUGCCACUGAUCUUGUUGGAGCUGUUCAAUACGUCACACCAAUACCCAAAACGAAGAACCGGGCUUCUCCUCCUAGGAUUUGUCUCCAUUUCCUAUCUACUAUGGGUUCUCUGGAUUUACUAUGCAGCUGGAGCCUGGGUCUAUCCCCUGUUGGGCCUAUUUAAUCGACUAGGCCUGGUGUUAUUUUUCGCAGUGAGUCUUCUGUUGGUGAUGUCCUUGUACCUUCUGGGGGAGAAGCUCACCUUGUUGGCCUGGGGUUUAACUGAAAAAGCAAAGAACACAUAAAUGAGAUGCAAGCUUGUCAACCUGUUGAGGAAUUUGGUCACCUUAUACACCUUGGAGCACCCUGCUACACCCUGUCUGCAGCUGUAUCCCAUACAAGCCUUCGUAUACAAAACAAGUCUUUUCUAUCUUGACAGUUGUGUCACUGUUUGUAUUCAUUCACUCAACAUACUCUAAACUCUCUCAGAACCUAAGAUCCAGAGAUGGAUAAACUUUGAAGCAAGCACUCAGAGUCAACUGGCAACAUCGCCAUCCAAAAAAUAUACUUGAGUCAAAAAUUCCAAUGUUCGGGAAGGGUGGAAAUCAGGGAGCUGGAAUUUAAGACAAAAACUGAUGAAAAUUAUUUACGCUAGGUCUGUUACCAUUUUUUAGCAGGUACAGCUGGUCUUCUGCUAGAGACAAAAUGGGAGACUCAGAAGCCCCUUUUGGAAUUUCAAGGCUGAUGUGUUUAAUCAUGUAAUAUAUGGUGUAGUGUGUAACAGGGUAGGUGAGCAAAUACAGUUUGUGCUAUAAUGGAAAUGGUCUGGUAAGGUAAUUUUUACAUGGAAUAGAGAAAAGCGUGGUCCUCCAUUGUGUAUAAAGCAUCAGGUCGAAUUAUGUAUUACAUUACUCAAUUCGCUCAAUGAAUCAAUCAUUUACAAUUGACAGUCGUUAAAAAGAAAUUCGCGCAAGAGAAUAUCAGAGCAGUGUGAACAAUUAUUUUUAGUGAAUACUGAAAUUGCACACACGCUAACUAACCUGUUAAAAGAAUAUUUUGUCUUUCUUUGUAAAUUAUGCUGUAAUCAAAUAAAAUGGGUAGAAGUAAA